AUGUUUGGCGGCAGUUCCAACUCUGCAGGCAACAAAUCUGAAAGCGAUUCGAAGUCUGACAAGUCUCCCUCGCCCGAGCCUAGUCUCGGAGCGAGUGCCCCGACUCCCAUCAAGACGACCGAUCAAGCCGCGAGCGGCGAGAAACGAAGUGGAAAUGGCAGCCCUCCAACCCGCCAGGAAACCGGUGGCUCGGGCGACAAGAAGCGCCGGAGUAGUAGCGUCAGCAGUCGCGCCAGCAGCCUGCUGGCCUCGGCCAAGAACUCGCUCAACUUCUCUUCUCAGAGUAGUCGCGGCGGGUCCUCUGAAGUGAGCUCGCAGACGCCUCUGCAGAAACUUGGCAAGCAAGAUCCCGCUCUAGUGGUCCCUCAGGGCCAACAUAACAACUCGGCUGGAGAGUCUGUACCUGGACCCAAGUCUACGUUCCGCGUCGGCGUUUGGGAAGAUAGAAACAAGAAAUGCCGCCGGACCAUGGAAGACACCCACGCCUUCCUGUACAACUUUGUUCAGACCCCAGCUCUAAAUGAUACGUCCGCAAAGGACAAGUCAGAGGGAGAAGACCAGGAGUCAGCUGUCUCGGACAUGGUUGAGUCUGACAAUGGCUAUUUUGCCAUCUUUGAUGGUCAUGCCGGCACCUUUGCCGCUGACUGGUGCGGCAAGAAGCUGCACAUUAUCCUCGAGGAUAUCAUACGCAAGAAUCCCAAUGCUCUGAUCCCCGAAGUUCUAGACCAGGCCUUCACAACGGCUGAUGCCCAGCUUGAGAAGCUCCCGCUCAAGAACAGUGGCUGUACCGCGGCCGUCGCGGUGCUGCGCUGGGAAGAACGCGCCUCGAACGAUCGCUCGGCUGUCAAGCCUGUUAAGCCUGAAGAGCCUACCGAAACGGACAAGGCCAAGGAUGGAGCCAGCAGUGAAGGUGCCAAUGCGGCAACCAAGGCAGCCGUCGCGAAAACGAAAGGAGGCAAUGCACGUCAGCGUGUUCUGUACACAGCCAACGUCGGCGAUGCCCGUAUUAUCCUUUGCCGGGCCGGAAAGGCCCUGCGCCUUUCUUACGACCACAAGGGUAGUGAUGAGGUCGAAGGCAAGCGAAUUGCUGCCGCCGGCGGCUUGAUUCUGAACAACCGUGUGAAUGGUGUUCUGGCCGUGACCCGCGCUCUCGGUGACGCUUACAUGAAGAAGCUUGUCACCGGACACCCUUACACUACAGAAACGGUCAUCCAGGCCGAUAGCGAUGAGUUCAUCAUCAUUGCUUGCGAUGGAAUUUGGGAUGUGUGUAGCGACCAAGAGGCCGUUGACCUUGUGCGAAAUGUUGACGACCCCAUCUCUGCUUCGAAGCUGCUUGUGGACCAUGCCCUAAAUCGCUUCAGUACCGAUAACCUAUCCUGUAUGGUGGUCCGACUGGACCAAACCAAGGAGGCUGCGGUCGAAGCGGAGGGCGCAGCAUCUCAGGUCAGCGAGGCGGAUAAGAUUGUCAGUGAGACCAAGCAGAAGAUUGCAGAAGGCAGCACACCUGCCGUUGGAGUAUCAGCAAGUAGCAACGCUAGCAACUCCGACCCCCCUAUAGCUGUACAAGAGGGGGAGUUUGUGCCCACGUCGCUUGACGAGGCUGUUGUGGAAGAACCUGUUCAUGUCUCAGACCCCAAGUCGGAGGAGGUGCCUGUUCUGAACAAGGUGGUUGUUGAGGAGGCUCGGAAGGACAAGCCGGACGAGAAGGCCUAG